GCCGCGGUCGGGACGUCGGAACCAAAGGAAGACGAGAGCCGGCUGGGUUGCUGAGAGUUCCGCAGCCGUGUUGACGUCGCCUCGGGCCACUGCUGGCGAGUCCCGAGAAGGAACGGCUGAGGCCGACAGUGAAAAAGCAGUCUGGCUCCCGAGGUCCACCCCUCGUACCCCAAGGUCCAGAUGGCGGCCAACGUGGGUGAUCAACGUAGCACAGAUUGGUCUUCUCAGUAUAGCAUGGUGGCUGGGGCAGGCAGAGAGAAUGGCAUGGAGGCCCCCAUGCACGAGAACCCUGAGUGGGAGAAGGCCCGCCAGGCCCUGGCCAGCAUCAGCAAAGCGGGCGCUGCUGGCAGCUCGACCAAGACCAGCAGCAACGGGGCUGUGGCCAAUGCACAGUACGUGUCACAGGCAGAAGCUUCUGCUUUGCAGCAGCAGCAGUACUACCAGUGGUACCAGCAGUACAAUUAUGCCUACCCGUACAGCUAUUACUACCCCAUGAGCAUGUACCAGGGCUACACCUCCCCCUCCCAGUAUGGGAUUCCCACCUCCUAUGGCUCAGCCACGCCGCAGCAGCCAUCAGCACCCCAGCACCAGGGGACUCUGAACCAGCCCCCAGUCCCCGGCAUGGACGAGAGCAUGUCCUACCAGGCACCCCCUCAGCAGCUGCCAGCCCAACCCCCUCAGCCCUCAAACCCCCAGCAUGGGGCCCAUCCUCUGAGCAGCGGCCCCCAGCCAGGGACGGUGCCAGCCACACAGCAUGGCCAGGCGGGGGCACCCUCAGGCCAGGCCUAUGGGCAGCACAGCUACUCAGAGCCGGCCAAGCCCAAGAAGGGGCAGCAGCUGUGGAGCCGCAUGAAGCCGGCUCCUGGGACUGGUGGUCUCAAGUUCAACAUUCAGAAACGGCCUUUUGCUGUCACCAACCCGAACUUCAGCUCCAGCUCGGAAGGGCAGCACGGCAGCUUUGGCCCCCAGCCCAACACCGAGAAAGCCCAGAACCACAGUGGGCCCUCGUCCCGGGGGAACUUGUCGGGGAAGCCCGAUGACUGGCCUCAGGACAUGAAGGAGUAUGUGGAGCGCUGCUUCACUGCCUGCGAAUCAGAGGAGGACAAGGACCGCACGGAGAAGCUGCUGAAGGAGGUGCUGCAGGCCCGGCUCCAGGACGGCUCGGCCUACACCAUCGACUGGAGCCGCGAGCCGCUGCCAGGGCUGACCCAGGAGCCUGUGGCGGAGAGCCCCAAGAAGAAGCGGUGGGAGGCCCCUAGUGGUCUUCACCCUCCCCGGGGGGCAGGCUCCACGACCAGGGGCGGAAAUGCGCCAUCCCAGCGUGGGACGCCAGGGGCUGGGGGUGCUGGCCGAGCCCGGGGCAGCAGCUUCACCAAGUUUGGCAACCGCAACGUCUUCAUGAAGGACAACAGCUCUUCCUCCAGCACGGACUCCCGCUCCCGCUCCUCCUCCCGGUCCCCCACCCGCCAUUUCCGCCGGAGUGACUCCCACUCGGACUCUGAUAGUUCCUACUCAGGGAAUGAGUGUCACCCUGUGGGCCGCAGGAACCCGCCCCCCAAGGGCCGUGGGGGUCGAGGGGCCCACAUGGAUCGGGGCCGAGGCAGGGCACAGCGUGGGAAGAGGCACGACCUUGCUCCCACCAAACGCAGCCGCAAGAAGAUGGCGGCUCUGGAGUGUGAGGACCCCGAGCGCGAGUUGAAGAAACAGAAACGGGCAGCCCGCUUCCAGCACAGUCACGCACGCCGCCUGCGCCUGGAGCCUCUGGUGCUACAGAUGGGCAGUCUGGAGGGUGGCGGGGCUGACCCUGACUGGCAGGAGCUGCAGAUUGUGGGCACCUGCCCCGACAUCACCAAGCACUACCUGCGUCUCACCUGUGCCCCCGACCCCUCCACUGUGCGCCCCGUCUCUGUAUUGAAGAAGUCACUGGCCAUGGUCAAGUCGCACUGGAAGGAGAAGCAGGACUACGCAUUUGCCUGUGAGCAGAUGAAGUCAAUCCGGCAGGAUCUGACGGUCCAGGGCAUCCGCACAGAGUUCACCGUGGAGGUAUAUGAGACACAUGCCCGCAUCGCCCUGGAGAAGGGGGACCAUGAAGAGUUCAACCAAUGCCAGACACAGCUCAAGUCGCUCUAUGCUGAGAACCUGCCGGGCAAUGUGGGCGAGUUCACCGCCUACCGGAUCCUCUACUACAUCUUCACCAAGAACUCAGGAGACAUCACCACUGAGCUGGCAUACCUGACGCGGGAGCUGAAGGCAGACCCUUGUGUGGCCCAUGCCUUGGCGCUGAGGGCAGCCUGGGCUCUGGGCAACUACCACCGCUUCUUCCGGCUCUACUGCCACGCGCCCUGUAUGUCCGGCUAUCUCGUGGACAAGUUUGCAGACCGGGAGCGCAAGGCGGCCCUCAAGGCAAUGAUCAAAACCUUCCGCCCUGUGCUGCCCGUCUCCUACCUGCAGGCCGAGCUGGCCUUCGAGGGCGAGGCCGCCUGCCGGGCCUUCCUAGAGUCCCUGGGCCUGGCCUACACGGGCCCGGACAACGCCAGCAUCGACUGCCGCCUCAGCCUGGCGCAGCUGUCAGCCUUCUGAGCACACAGCGAGGAUGGGGGUGGGGGGCAGGGGCUGUGGCCCCCCAGCACCGCCUCUGCGGAUUUUGUUUUUGAGCCAUGGACUUGGGUUGUAAAUUAAUUGGUGGGGAGUAGGCUCCAGGCAGAGCUGCCAUCCCCGCCCCCGUUUUCCCACCGGGGAGCCUGUACAGAGAUUUUUUUUCUACAUUUUUAUUUUUGCCUCAGAGGGAUGGGGUGGGGGGAGGAUAGGGUUGGGGCAGCAGGGUGUCUGGGGGUGUGGUCUGUGGGGUCAUCCGUGUCCACCUUUCACCUCCACUAAUGCUGUCUCAGUGUUUUUUCUCUCUCUCUUUCGAGCUUGUACUCCGGUACGCGACCUGGCCUUUCCCAUGCCAGGGGGGCCAGCGGAAGGAAGACAGGCCGUCCAGCUGUGCCCGCCUGCUGGCGGUGGGGCACUCCGCAAACCCACUUGCCGCCUCGUCAGCCUCAUCACAGACUCUCGUUGUCCAGCCCUUUGGGGCCUCAGUGUUUGGGGCGAGGGGAGCCGUGUAGAGACUGUGCCCUUGGCCCCCUCCCCAGAAAUGCCACCGCCACUGCCACCAACAGACCCCACUGCUGCCACACUGCACUGAGGAACUCCGGAGGCCACCGCGGGACCUCGCCGGCCGGGCUUGCCUCGUCUCAAGUUGUAUUAAGUUGUCUUCGUGUUCCCCUCCUCCCUCUGCCCCCAAUGUUUCUUCUGGUUUUUUUUUACUCCUUUCCCUCCCUCCUCUUCCUUCUCCCCCUUCCUUCCCUUGGUUCAGUACAGGUAAAGCGGUUACCCCUUACCCUCCCCUUCCCGCCUCCAUGGAUCACCAGCUCACGUCAUUUUCCCUUCUCUUUUCUUUUUGUGUGUGUUUAUUUAAGUUAUUUUUCUUUUUCCUCCCCCUUUUCUUUCGGCCCCUCCCUCCCUCUUCUGCCAUGUAACUGGAUGAUGUGCAAGGAGUUUGCAAACAGCUGGACUGUCAGGCUGCUUUUUUUCCAGAUGUUCUUCCUCUUCUGCUUUCCCCUUCCCACCUCUCCCCUCCCCUUUCCUUCCUCCAUUCUUUCCUUGGAGCACUGAGCACCAUUUGGAAGCUUGAGAGAAACCAGAAUUAAAAAGGAGAGAGAGAG